AUGAUAACAAAUAAUGGACUUUUAACUGGUUCAAAGGCAUGGAUAGCAGUAAUCGUAUGCUUCUCAGCUAGAUUAACCAACUUGAGAUCAGUAGAUGAUGAAAAAAUGACGAAUAAAGCUAUUGAGUGGAAAUGUAAUCCACCAACUGCUCCACACUUCAGAGGGCGGUGGGGAAGUGAGGUCAGGAAUACGAAAUUUAAUUUCACACACGAUGAAGGAAACGAUGGGAGAACUAUAUAUCAUAUUGUGCAAAGUAGAAGCAUGUAUAAAUUAAAGUAUAUUAACAGAAAUCCAUUGGAUAUGUAA